AUGGCAGAAGGAGACACUUCGACAGAACGGGAAAACCCUCAGGCAAGCCCCAGAGAAACCCAAGCAGGCCCCAGAAACCCCCAAGCAGGCCCUGGAAACCUCCAAGGAGGCCCUGGAGCCCUCUGGGAGGCCCUCAGGGCGCUCCUGCCCAGCACAAAGGAAGACCUGAAGUUGGACGUGGGUGAGGACGUGGACAGGAGUGUCAGGCUCUUGCUGCAGCAAGCCACCGAGCUCUUCUACGGGGACAGACGGGACGAGUGUCUGCAGACGAGUGAGGUGAUCCUGGACUACUCCUGGGAGAAGCUGAACACGGGCCCAUGGCAGGACGUGGACAAGAGCUGGCGCCGAGUGUACAGCUUCGGCUGCCUCCUGAAGGCCGUGUGUCUGUGCGAGGCACCCGAGGACAAAACCACCGUGCCCGCCGCGCUCAGGGUCUGCGACAUGGGCCUGCUCAUGGGGGCGGCCAUCCUCGGGGACAUCCUCCUCAAAGUCGCCGCCAUCCUCCAGGCACACCUUCGCCCUGAGAAGAGGCCUGCCCUUGGCCCACCCGGGGAGCAACCGGACACAAAGAGAGCCAGGAGCAAUCACGUUUUGAUUCCAGAUGUGACGCUGGGAAGACCGGUCCCCCGACUUCACUGCCCGUCCCUUGAGUAUUUCCGGAAACACUUUUUGGUUCCAGGGAAGCCUGUGAUUUUGGAAGGCGUGGCCACCCACUGGCCGUGUAUGAAGAAGUGGAGUUUGGAAUAUAUCCAGGAAAUCGCUGGCUGUCGAACCGUCCCUGUGGAAGUGGGUUCCAGGUACACGGAUGAAGAGUGGUCCCAGACACUCAUGACGGUCAGCGAGUUCAUCAGCAAAUACAUCGUGGAUGAGCCAAAGGACGUCGGGUACCUUGCUCAGCACCAGCUCUUUGACCAGAUCCCAGAACUGAAGCAGGACAUCACCAUCCCCGAUUACUGUUGCCUGGGCAGCGGAGAGGAGGAUGAGAUCACCGUUAAUGCCUGGUUUGGUCCCCAAGGAACUGUCUCCCCACUUCAUCAGGAUCCCCAGCAGAACUUCCUGGUCCAGGUGAUGGGGAGGAAAUACAUCCAGCUGUAUUCCCCGCAGGACUCGGAAGCGUUGUACCCUCAUGACUCCCACCUUCUCCACAACACGAGCCAGGUGGAUGUGGAGAACCCCAACUUGGAGAAGUUCCCCAAGUUUGCCGAGGCCCUGUCCCUGUCCUGCAUCCUCUCUCCCGGCGAGAUGCUGUUCAUCCCGGUCAAGUACUGGCACUACGUGCGGGCCCUGGACCUGAGCUUCUCAGUCAGCUUCUGGUGGUCCUAA